AUGCUUCUUUCACAUUUUAAUUCUUAUUUUUCUUUCUCUAUUUCUCUCUUUCUUUCUUUCUUUUAUAUCCAUUCUUCUUUUUUCUUCUUUUCCAUUUUCUUCUUCCUCUUUUUCUUCUUACACGUCCUUUCUUUCGUUUAUAUACCUUUUCUUUUUCUUCUCUUUCAUUUUCUUGUUGUUGUUGUUCUUGUUCUUCUUUUCUUCUUCUUCUUCUUCUUCUUCUUCUUCUUCUUCUUCUUCUUUCUACACUCUCUUUUAUCCCUUCUUCUUUUUCUUAUUUUUCUUCUUCCUCCUACACUUUCUUUCUUUCUUUCUUUCUUUCUUUCUUUCUUUCUUUCUUUCUUGUUGUUGUUGUUGUUGUUCUUUUUUUAUUCUUCGUUUUACACUUUCUUUCUCUUCUAUCCUUUCUUCUUUUUCUUCUUCUUCCUACACUUUCUUUCUUUCGUUCUUUCUUUCCUUCUUUCGUUUUUUCUUUCUUUCUUUUUUCUUCCUUCAUCUCUUUAUAGUCCUACUACAGACGUCGCUCCAAAAGGAAUUACUCCUAUUUAA